CACGGAAGCACAGCAACCCAUCCUCAUGAGCAGGCAGUCGUGAAAACUUCUCACGAGUCUUAUCCGGAUCCAGGAAGAGUAACGGCAGCACACCUGUUCUCAUUGCCGUGGAGCUUCAUAAUGCUCACAUUACAACCUUAAAGACUCUGCAGGCCUGUUACUCUGAGGGAGAGGAGUGUGACAGACACAGCUCUGAAUAACAUGCUCUCUUCAGCCUGAGCUUCACUCUGUGUUUUGAAAGAAAUGGCAACAAAAGGCAGGAUGAUGUUGCGGAGUGUGUUCACAGGACUCAGAGCUCAUGCUGUCUGGUAUCAGAGCUCAGCUUCGACUCCCAGUCAAGGUCGGCUGCUGUGGAGAUCUCAGCUCAGACAUCUGAGCUGCUCAUUCGGACUCUGCGGGGCUGCUCCGCCCUCCACAGGUCCCAGCAGUCUGUCGUUCAGGAGUCACACCUGUGGAGAACUGCGAUCAGAUGACGUGGGGAAGAAAGUCACUCUGUGUGGCUGGGUCCAGUAUCUCAGGCAGGACCUGUUCGUCAUCCUGCGAGACUUCAGCGGCUUGACACAAAUUCUAAUUCCUCAGGAAUCUCCGAGUACUUUGAAAGCCACGUUGUGCAAUCUGACGCCCGAGUCUGUCAUCAAGGUUACAGGAACAGUCAGGAACCGACCAGUGGGGCAGGAGAACCAGGGGAUGCCGACAGGAGAGAUCGAAGUCCUGGCAGAGAAUGUGGAGGUCUUCAAUGUGUGCCAGAAGCUGCCGUUUGAGAUAAAAGACUUUGUCAAAAAGUCCGAGUCAUUGCGGAUGCAGUAUCGCUACCUGGACCUGAGGUCAUCACAGAUGCAGAAGAACCUAAGACUGAGAUCUCAGCUGGUGAUGAAGAUGAGGGAGUAUCUCUGUAAUGUGCACGGCUUUGUGGAUGUGGAAACUCCCACUCUGUUCAAAAGGACACCAGGGGGAGCCAAAGAGUUUGUGGUUCCCUCCAGAGAGCCAGGAUUAUUUUACUCUUUACCCCAGAGUCCACAGCAGUUUAAGCAGCUUCUCAUGGUGGCUGGUGUAGACAGGUACUUUCAGAUAGCCCGGUGCUACAGAGAUGAAGGCUCCAAACCAGACAGGCAGCCUGAAUUCACCCAGGUGGACAUAGAGAUGUCUUUUGUGGACCAGGCAGGCAUCAUGUCACUGGUGGAGGGUUUGCUGCAGUACUCUUGGCCUGCAGAACGUGGUCCUCUUAAGGCUCCUUUCCAAACUCUGACAUAUGAAGAGGCCAUGAGGGACUACGGUGUGGACAAACCCGACACCAGAUUCAACAUGAAGCUAAUAGACCUCAGUCAGAUCUUCCUUUCCACGGAAAUUGAAUUCCUCCAAUCAGCUCUUGGCCAACCAGGAGGCUCCGUUCGGGCCGUCUGUGUCCCCAGUGGAGCAAAACUUUUCACUGGGAAGGAUUUGGAAGAACUGAAACAAAUAGCCAAGACUCAGUUUGGACAGGAGCUGAGCCUGGUGCUGGUCAGAGCAGACGGGACAUUGAAGUCUCCCCUGAAGAAGCUGCUGUCUUCGUCUGUCACAGACGAGCUGCUGAAGUGGACUGAAGCCAAGCCAGGAGACCUGCUUCUGAUAGCAGCAGGCUCCCACCACACUGUUUGCCCGUUGCUGGGUCAUCUUCGCCUGCAGUGUGCAAAGCUCCUGGAGUCUCAUGGUGUGGUAGUGCGUGACCCCUCAGCCUUCCACUUCCUGUGGGUCGUGGACUUUCCUCUCUUCUUGCCCAAAGAAGAUGAUCCAGAGGAGCUGGAAUCAGCUCAUCAUCCAUUUACUGCACCAGUGCCAGAGGACACACAGUUACUCUACACUGAUCCACACAAGGUUCGUGGUCAGCACUAUGACCUGGUGUUAAAUGGCUGUGAGAUCGGAGGAGGCUCCAUUCGCAUCCACAAAGCCUCAGAGCAGCUUCAUGUACUGAAGAAUGUCCUUAAGGAGGACCCCGGUCUUCUCUCCCACCUCCUCGAGGCCUUGGAUUCAGGAGCACCGCCUCAUGGAGGCAUUGCUCUGGGUUUGGAUCGACUGGUCUCAAUAAUAGUCGGAGCUCCCAGCAUCCGCGACGUAAUCGCCUUUCCCAAGUCAUUCCGCGGUCAUGACCUCAUGAGCCGUGCACCCGACUUGGUGUCUGAAGAGGACCUGAAGUGUUACCACAUUUCUGUUAAAUGGCCAGCAGAGCAAGGAAGAGAGGGAAAGUGA